GAAGAAGAAGAAGAGGAUGAGGAUGAAGAAGAAGAAGAAGAAGAGGAUGAGGAUGAAGAAGAGGAUGAGGAUGAGGAUGAGGAAGAAGAGGAUGAGGAUGAAGAAGAAGAAGAGGAUGAUGAAGAAGAGGAAGAGGAUGAGGAUGAAGAAGAAGAAGAAGAAGAGGAUGAGGAGAAGAAGAAGAAGAAGAAGUAGGAUGAAAAUAAGAAGAAUUCCAUUCCAGCAAAAAGUGUAUCUGCAGAGAGCUCCGCUAUUUCUGACAGUUCUCUGACAGUUCCUUCACAUUUACAGCGGUUGAAACAUUGUAUCUAUUUGUUUCCGAAUAAAAACAUCUG